AUGUCACAAGCAAUACUUUACUCUGGGAAAGUGAAUGGUGAGGGGAUUAUCCCAGGAGAAUAGAGCGACAUGGAUCCACUGUCAUUAAUGGGAUGAGGUCUUUGUGUUUCCAUUCAGGUGACAGUACCUGAGGCAGUCAUUCAGAGGAACAGGGUAUCCGGUUUCUAUAAUGCAAUGUCAGCCUCUAGGGUGUGUGUGCGUACUCCUGCAACGGCAUUUCACAACCGUAGAGAAGAUAAAACACUUAUCACUUUGUCAACACAGAGGACUGUUGUUGAGAAUCUAGAUUUAGCUGUGUUCAAUUAGCCUUAGUGUACACUAGGCCUGUGUAGUUAUGAGUGGUUGCUUUGAUGUAAUAUGGGCCAGGGAUUGGGGAAGGUUGCGUAAUGGCAAUAACAGGGAGGGAAGGCCAGUCUUAUUACCUGCAUACCUGUACUCAGCGGGUCUUGACAUGUCCCCCAAAUCCAUUCCAGUCCUCAUUCUUUAACCACUAGUUGGGUUAAAGUAAAAAAUGGUCUUCCCCCUUUUGGUUGUUUUCUGUCCAGUUUUAUCUAUGGCCACAAUCUCAAAUUCUAUUGCCAAAAUAGCAGUAGGCGGCCUAUUUUUAAUGACUUGAUGGAAUGACAAAAGAUAUAGGCUUAACAUGCCGAGACAAGUAGGCCUACUAAUGUAAUGAAAACUUUAAAUGAGCAGCCAAAAGGGGAGGGGGGAGAAUUUCCCUGUCACUAACUCAUUCUGCAGUCAAAACUACUUGCUGACAGUGAUACUUUGAUAGUAAACAAGCAGUGACCACUGAACCCCUCAGCUGAUGUUUCCCCUUUCCUCUCCCCAGGAAUGGCAGAGUUGGCAAGUCUGGUGCAGCGGCUGGAGGCGGCUGUGGGUCGUCUGGAGGCCGUGUCGGGCGAUGGAGGUGGCUCUGCUGGAGGCUCUGGAGGUAACCUAGAAUUUUCCAUAUUGUAGCCUUUCCUGUCAUACAAACAUGAAUGCUAGAAAUCAUUUUAAGACUGAGAUAGAAUUGAGUCCAGGUCCUAAUAAUGCUAAAGAAACUUCCACAGUUUAGAUAAUGGAGGUAAAAUUUAAACAUGACUCACAAGUAGAACAAACAUAACCCAUGAACAUUGGUAUCGCUGACUUUUCUCCCUAUUGCCAUCCAUUUCUUGCAGUCGUGGCAGCUUACGUGGAGGCCUAUGAUGGCAUCGUCACCGGAGCAGUUGCCCAGUACAUGACCCUCAGCCAGCAGAUAGGGGGCGAUGUCCAGAAGCAUGUAAGUUGAAUUGCACGACAGGGAAAAGUUGGUUAUUGGUGGAUGCGUAUGAUACAAUUAACCAAACCUGGCCCUUUUCUCAUCUCUCACUCCCUCUCUCUCAGGCGGACAUGAUGAAGCAGGCGUUCUCCUGUCAGAGACAGCUCCUGGUCACCUCCUCCUGCUCCCAGAAGCCCACUGAUGUGAGUUGGUUCAUCCAUCAGCAAUCACCUUGACCCUCAACAUUAUAGUAUUCAGCAGAAUAAGUCAUUAUUUAGAUAAACGGAACAGUAGAUGUACUGUAGUUGUCUCAUUAACGAAUGUAUUGGCAAUGAAUCAGCAGUGUAGCAAUUGGGUCAACUGAUUCCAAUGCCAUAGCAUGGUUUUUCUACAUUUUCUUGCCACAUAUUAUUUCAUGUAAUUAAUUGCCUUUUUACUCACGCUAUUCCACCCUGGUUGGCGCUUAGAAGAUAUCAUAUUUUGUCAUCAGGUGCAAAUACAUACGUUUCUUUGCAUCUCUAGGAUGUUAUGAUUUAACUCAUGGUUAUUUUCCCUCUAUAGGCAUCCUUGACUACUCUCCUGGCCCCCGUCUCCAAAGUGAUCCAGCAGGUGCAGACGUUCCGCGAGCAGAACCGCUCCUCGCCCCUCUUCAACCACCUCUCGGCCGUCAGCGAGAGCGUGCCUGCCCUCGGCUGGGUCGCCAUGGUGAGGGAAGGGAGAGGAGGGGCUUGACACUGCCACCACAGUGUGUGUGUGUGGGCGGUGUGUAAUUGGCGGAAACAAACACGUCUUUCAUUCUGUAGAAGUCUGAGACUGUUCGGCAGUGACAUUUUAACAAAGUUCCUCUAUCAACAGUGCAUCAUUGUUGAAACUCUGGAAUUAUCAUUUUGAUUAAUGAAUAUUAAUGAGAACUGCUGCAUUGUAAUGAACAAAGGCAAACCUAGACUUUAGUAUGCCGGUGGAUGCAACACUAAAAACCAUUGUAAGCCAUCACAUCAGCUGUGUCCACACAAGCUCUGUUUGAAGAGCAAGAACUCUCCUGCAAUGUUCUAAUGUUAUUUCUCUUCCAGGCUCCUAAGCCAGGUCCCUAUGUGAAGGAGAUGCAGGAUGCUGCCCAGUUCUACACCAACCGUGUGCUCAAGGACUACAAGGAGAAGUAAGGACCAUCUGCUCUGCUGUAUGUUGUUCUUGAACCUUUUUCUGACUGCCAAGUCCCCUAUAUAGUUAAGCUGGACACUGGAUAUUUUCUUCAUCCUUUGGUCUCUCUCCUGUUGUGUUAAACUCAAUUGCCUUGUGUCCUACUCCUCAGGGACCAGAAGCAUGUGGACUGGGUGAAGGCCUACCUGUCUAUCUGGACUGAGCUUCAGAACUACAUCAAACAGCACCACACCACCGGACUGACCUGGAGCAAGAGUGUAAGUCCUUUAACUUUACUCUCUCUUUACUCCUCGUGUCAGUACAGGAGGGAUACACUUUAUCGGCGGCUCAUUAACAGACUUAGUGCUGGGGGUAGGGAAAAGUGAGUUACCGUAUGAGUAAAAUAAUGACAUGGGCUUAUUUAGGAAAGUGGACCGGUUCAGAAUAGAACCGCUCUAAUUAUGUUUAUCGAACAUACAUGAAGAUCUGUCAUACGGAAUAUGGAAUCAUCAGACUGGGCUCUGUUUGAUUUUUCUAUCAGCACAGUACUAAACAUCACACUCAGUUUUCAACUAAUGUCUUUGGUUUUAUGUGCAACAAGAAGGCUGUGUGUGAUAGUGUGACGGUAAAACCACCAAUGUGUAGGUUACUCGUCAGCCCUUUCCUAUCUACAGUUCAAACAAUUGCACGUUAUUGAAUUAGACCAAGUUGUUAAGAGCAGGAAAUGACCAUGUCUAGUCAUGUGUAUAACCAAUGUGCUGUGUUUUUUGUCAUCCCAGGGUCCAGUAGCCUCUGCCUCUGCAGCUCCCCCUCCCCGUGCCGGUGGCGGUCCUCCUCCCCCCGGCCCUCCUCCCCCUCCUAUGGACUUCAGCGGGUCGUCUGGCAGCGGCGGAGACCAGGGACCCGACACGCGUAACACCCUCUUCGCUUCCCUCAACAAGGGAGCUGACAUCACCAAGGGUACGUGUCAAAUAAUGAAUCCUCAAAAGUUCUCAAGAAUCAGAAGCUCAAUUUAUUAAGAAGUACUUUGAAACAUACAUGGCUCACUUGAAGAAGAUGUAAAUCUCAAUGUGACUUACUUGGUUAAAUAAAGGAUAAAGAAAAUAAUACAAUGUGAGAAGCAAAUUGACCCCAACCCUUCCAUUCAUUAUCCAGGGCCUUCCAUUAUGUAAGGGCAUUUCUCCUUGUCUACCAGCACAGUACCACCAUGUGUCUCACCCAUCUUACUGUAUAUUUUCACUGACUGUAUGUUACUCUGGAUAAUGGCAUCUGGUAAAUGACACAAAUGUUAAUAUUUGUGUUCCCCCUCUCCAACUUUUGUACUUUUUGUCCCUAGGCCUGAAGCACGUGUCCAAAGACCAGAUGACUCACAAGAACCCCAACCUGAGGACCCAGACCAGUUCUGUGCGCACAGGGCCCAAGCCCUUCACCUCUUCCAAGCCAGCCGCCACCGCCGCCCCCUCUCGCAAGCUGCCCCCCGUUCUGGAGCUUGACGGCAAAAAGUGGAAAGUGGUGAGCUAUUGGUCCUUGUCAAGUUGUUUACACUGGUAUACGGUUGUAAGAGUCUGUUGCAGAUUUUUAUUUUUAAGGUUCCAAUACAAAUAAUAAUGUAACUUGUAUAGUGCUUUUCAUUAUAGAAAAUAAUCUCAAAGGGCAUAAAAAGCAAAACAAUGAAUUUUUAUAGAGAUGUAGAUUGAUGUCUCUAUUUGGCUUUGGAUGAAAGGCUGGGAGUUGAGGCAGUUUGGAUUGAAAAGGCACUGUAGCUUCAGCAGAGGGCGCAUCGAUGGUACAGCCAGAGCGAAACAAAGACAGUCUGACAAACAGGCCCGGAGCGCUUCAUCAGUACACCACAUCUGCUUCUCCGACAGUCAGUUCCUCCUAUAGGAAAAAGGUUCCUAUAGGCAAUGUUCUCUCUUCACAGCCUCUUAAAGUAACUGUCCAGUGAAAAUCUCACUUUUAAAAGUUCAUAUUCUGUUAAUUUAUACCCAAAUAAUGUUGGUGACUCAUCCUAUACUUGUAUUUGUGGCCAAAGCAUAAAUUGGAGAACAAACACUUAAACCCCUCCCCCUCCCCAAAUCUUGUAUUUCAAACCUUUAAAAAAAAUGCUUGCUAUUUCCUCAUAGAGGAUUUAACUGGCCAAUCAGCGGUAUACUCGCAUUAAUAUUUUUAAUGAACGGUAUACGCCCACACCAUUCUGUUGCCAACACCAUUCCAACACCGAAAAUAUUUUAAAACAUACUUAAUUACCAUUGUUUGGAAGGAAAAGUAUUUGACUCAUAUUUUAAUUAAUUAUAGGUCAUUUUUCAUAAAAAUCUGGAAACAAUGGACAGUUACUUUAAGGAAUUAGCUAUUUCCCAACACAUGCAACAUUAGGUAACAUGGUAGUGUUUCCAAACAGUGGUGUGCAUGACUCUUUUUGGUUUACUUGGUGCUUCCAAUUUUAAAGGCUUAUAUGGCUCAUAGUAAACUCAGUGGUUUAUAAAUAUUUGUACAAUCCAAAUAUCUACUAUAUAAGCAGAGUUUCCACUACAGUGAACUCAUGUUAUGUGCAUUUCAGAUAAGUGGGCUGUUGGUUUGCCCCUGAACUGAAUGCACAGGUUUAGCACGCACGGAUCACGACAGCCCCAAGCCAUUGCGUUUUCAGGGGUGGAGUGUAUUUUCUCUCUAACCCCUAACCGCUCUCCCUCUGUGAUGACCUAUAGGAAAACCAGGAGGGUGCCCAGGGCCUGGUGAUCAGCGACACAGAGCUCAAGCAGGUGGUCUACGCCUUCAAGUGUAACAACAGCACCCUGCAGAUCAAGGGCAAGAUAAACUCCAUCACUUUAGGUAAGGGCAGACCCAUGUUCCUGUGUGUGAGCAUGGACAAAUUAAAGUAAAAGGUCAACAAAGGGCAUUUGUUAAUAUGGUUCCUUUCUUGCAGACAACUGUAAGAAACUGGGCCUGGUCUUUGAUGACGUUGUGGGCAUUAUAGAGGUUAUCAACUGCAGGGACGUCAAGGUCCAGGUGUGUAUUUCUAAAAUGGAUUAAUGUGAAAAUGGACACUGAAAAGGCCUGGUCAUUCCAAGGCAAUGACAUGGCGAUAUCACACAACGGUGACAACAGAAGAUCAUAUCAGCUUUUGUCUGAUUACCAUUUACAUAUUAAAAGUGUCCAAUGUGAUUAUGUGGAUGUGACAUUUUACAGAUUACUUUGCAUGUUUUCCAAACUGUUGUGGCAGUUUUUUUUCCACUGCAUAUUACCCAACAGAUGAUUUAGUCAUAGUUGAUUCACUCUUAAAGAUGCACUAUGCAGAAAUCACUCUGCCAUUUCCUGGUUGCUAAAAUUCUAAUCGUUUUCAGUUUGUGACAAAACGAGCAAGUAUAGUGUAGAGAAUCAUUUUACCAUCUAAACCGCUGGUGUACAAAACCAAAAGUAAAAGACACAAAAACAAAACUUGGGGACAGGAAGCAUAGAAAUAGCGCACACAGAACAUAUCUACGGCUUCUUAGACUUGCUUUCAAUGAGAAUGACAGAUAUAUAACUCACAUUUAUGUGAAUUUGGUUGGGUCGCCCAAAAAGUUACAUAUUGCAGCUUUAACCGUCUCUGGUGUGUUCAGGUCUUGGGCAAGGUGCCCACCAUCUCCAUCAACAAGACGGACGGUUGCCACGUGUACCUGAGCAAAGAUUCGCUGGAGUGUGAGAUCGUCAGCGCCAAGAGCUCAGAGAUGAACGUGCUGGUACCUGGUAAAGACGGAGACUAUGUGAGUACAUCUAUGGGGGAAUUUGGGGCGUCUAGUGGCAUUAAAUGCAAUUAUAUGACAACAUAAUAAUACAUGUUAUGUGGACAUUUUGUGAUGAUAAACUUACAUUUCUCCUUUGUCUCUCUCUUAGACUGAGAUCCCUGUUCCUGAGCAGUUCAAGACUGUCUGGGAUGGCAAGAAGCUUGUCACCACUUGUACAGAGAUCGCUGGAUAG